AUGUCAUUAUUUCAUUGCAAACUUGAAAAAUAUAAUUUUAAUCUGAUUCUACUGUUUAAUAUUGCCUUUCACUGGUAUGUUGCUUUAAGAGCACCCAUCCCCCUUUCCUGUUUGAGCCACUGUGUCCUGUCAGUCAUUCUGAAAUACACUAGGGUACUUGUCAGGCUGUUUGCUUACAAAUGCAUCAUAAGCCAAAUUGUGAGCCAUGAUAGUGGCACUGAAUUUCUAAAUACAAGAAAUUGCUUAGACAGUUGGUUUAGUAUCUGUGUAUGGGCAAUACUCUGUCCUGCAGUAGGUGACAUGUCAGCUGAAACACCAAUCACACUGAGUAUCAAUCCUCAGGAUCUGCGGGUCCAGACAUUCACUGUAGAGAAGCUACUGGAGCCUCUCAUAAUCCAGGUUACUACACUUGUAAAUUGUCCCCAGAAUCCUUCUAACAGGAAAAAAGGACGUUCAAAAAGAGCCAGAGUCCUUUUAGCUUCUGUGGAGGAAGCAACUUGGAAUUUAUUAGACAAGGGAGAGAAGAUUGCUCAGGAAGCCACAGUUUUAAAGGAAGAACUUACUGGGGCACUUGAGGAAGUUCGCAAAGAAAGUGAAGCUCUGAAAGUAUCAGCUGAGAGAUUUGCAGAUGACCCCUGUUAUCUCCCGAAAAGGGAAGCUGUGGUUCAGGCUGCCCGUGCCUUGUUGGCUGCAGUUACCAGACUCCUUGUCCUCGCAGAUAUGAUUGAUGUCAUGUGUCUCUUGCAGCACUUGUCAGCUUUUCAGAGGACGUUUGAGUCUCUUAAAAAUGUUUCCAGCAAAUCUGAUCUCCAGAAAACCUACCAGAAGCUUGGGAAGGAGCUUGAAAAUCUGGACUAUUUAGCCUUCAAACGUCAGCAGGACCUAAAAUCUCCAAAUCAGAGGGAUGAAAUUGCAGGUGCCCGGGCCUCAUUGAAGGAGAACUCCCCCAUACUGCAUUCAAUUUGUUCAGCUUGUUUGGAACAUUCUGAUGUUGCAUCCCUUAAAGCUAGCAAGGACACAGUUUGUGGAGAAAUUCAGAAUGCCCUCAAUGUAAUUUCAAAUGCUUCACAGGGCAUCCAGAACAUGUUAGCCUCACCAGAGCCUCAAUCAGCAACCCUGGGAAGUGCCCUUGAUGAGCUUGAGAGUUUAAUUGUCUUGGAUCCACUCACAGUGACUGAGGAGGAAAUAAGACCGUCCCUAGAGAAACGCCUUGAAGCCAUAAUCAGUGGGGCUGCUCUGUUGGCCGACUCUUCCUGCACAAGAGAUUUCCAUCGGGAGCGGAUCAUUGCAGAAUGCAACGCCAUUCGCCAGGCUCUCCAGGACCUGCUUUCAGAGUACAUGAGCAAUAAAAAGUGGAAGAUAUGGAUCUAUAUCCUAUUGGGCAACAGUCUGCUGGAGUGGGUGGUUGCCCCUUUUAGAUGA